AUGUAUCGCAUAAUUGGACGCCAUUUGCUGGGACUACAUGGCCCACUGGCUAUUUUUGACGCCAUGGCCGGGGCUGGUGCCGCAAGGCAUCUGCAGUAUGAUUGCUUCGCGGAUCGCCACAUUGGUCCAUCGGAUAUCGAGAAGCAGCUUAUGCUCAAUUAUCUUGGAUUCAAAGUUAGUUUUGUCAUUAAAAAAUUCUGA